ACUGACGUAGUUUGCAACCGCCUUUAAAUCACCGCGAAGAAGAAAAACAGUAAUUUCCGGUGCUGCAACUUUGUUGACAUAUUCCACAGUGAAUCAUGCUGACUGCUGUCAAAGGAGCAAGUCUUGGCCUGAGAUACUUCAGCAGUAACUGCAGCAAAGGGUACCGGCAGGCCCACCUAGUCAUCCUCCCUAAACAUUUGGCCGAUGACUUUGAAGCGUUCUGUCACAGUAAUCCUGCUCCUUUGCCACUCCUGGACCGCAGACAGUGGGGGGACAACUCAUGCCCACCUCUGGCUAAAGAUGAUGUCAUCAGAAUGUAUCAAGACGGUGUUGUGGUGGAACAUGUCUCCAGCCUGCAGAAGUCCAGUGCUUCAGCCAGGAGUGCAUCACAGCAGUCACCUGGGCGUCAAGUCAAGUGGUCAGACAUGGUGUGUUUCUAUCUGGGCUCUAGCUUUGGCUUUGAGGCCGGCCUGAAGAAAGCUCUAGCCGGAGUCAGGAAGGUCAGCAUGUACAAGACUGCAGUUCCCUGUAUUCAAGCCGGUGUUUUCAGCUGCCCUCUUGUGGUGUCCAUGUGUCCAAUACCAGAGGCUACGCUCCAGGCAGCGGUCCAAGGCACGCACCAUAACCCACAUGGAGCCCCUGUGCACAUCGGGGAUGCGGAUUUGCUUGGCAUACAGGAUCUAUCCAGACCAGAUUAUGGAGAUCCAGUUGAGUUGCAGCCUGCGGAUAUCCCCGUCUUCUGGGCCUGUGGUGUGACAGCUGAGGAAGCAAUAAUCAGCAGCAAGCCUUCUUUGGCAUUCACUCACUCACCAGGCAGCGUGGACUUGACGGAUGCCCAGGAAAGCUCCCCAAUGUGGCCUCCCCCUCACAGCAUGGGGUCUGAAGUCUCAAGUCUUCCUCCGGAGCUGACGCCACUCUGCUUUCUGAUAUCCUCAAAUCCAUUGUUCUAUAGUCUGGCAUCACAGAGGGCUGUGUCCAAGAUCAGGAAGUUGGAAGCAAUCAUUGGAGAAGAUCCUGGUCAACGAGGAAUCAAAGCUUUGUUUAUCCAAGAUGAACUUAUCCGCUCCUGUCUGGCACUCUCCCAUGCCUCAUCUGUUGCCAUAACAACAGGCUUUCCCACACACUACAUGCACAGCCCUCCCGAUGAGACUGAUGGCCCACCUGGAGCUAUUGCCAUGGCGACCAUGCUCCUUUCCCUGGGCAAGAAAGUUACAAUGGUGAUGGACAGGAGAGCCUUAGAGAUGAAUCAGGCCAUCAUUGAUGAAGCUGUGAAGAAAGGUGUUCUGAAAAGCACAAUUCCACUGGUCACCUUUGAAGAAAGUGGACCAAACUCUGCACUUCAGUUUUUGUGUCACCAUGGCGACCCGACUAAGCCCAGGUAUGACCACAUGGUGGCGAUAGAGCGCAGUGGGCGAGCUGCAGAUGGGAACUACUACAACAUGAGAGGAAUAAACAUCAAACAUCUUGUGGACCCAAUUGAUGACUUGUUUAUUGCUGCAGACAAGCUGGCAGGGAUGACAACUACAGGAAUUGGUGAUGGAGGCAAUGAGCUGGGGAUGGGCAAAGUGAAGGACAAGGUGAAAAGCCUGAUGCCAAAGGGGGAGCUGAUAGCUUGUGACGUUCCUGCGGACUACACCAUCACUGCAGGUGUGUCCAACUGGGGAGGUUACGCUGUGGCCUGUGGUGUGUACCUGCUGCACACCUGUCCCACACACCUGCGAUAUCUGCACAGAGGACUGGGAAAUGAUCACGUGACUUCUGAAGAGUUACACCAUUGGACCGACAACCUGCCGUCUGUGGACAAGGAGGAGUCUAUCUUGUCAACGCUGGUGGAUUUUGGCAUUCGAAGUGGUAAAACUGGUAACCUGGCCAUGGAGGUGGAUGGUCUGACCUUUCACCCCUCACAUUCUGACAUCAUCGCCAAACUACUGGAGGUCACCUUGGACUCAGACUACUAAAUAAAUAGUUUGAGGUCUGAUUGCCUUUGGCUGAUGGAGCACAUUGACAUGUUGACUUGUACUGCAGCCUCGUUACGAGACAAUUGAGAGGUGCAAAGACUCCUGGAAUAGUAAGUCAAUAUAUCAACUAUCAUUUCUAGUUACUUCUUUGGAUGUUUGGUAACUAGCAAUCAUUUCCUGCUUUAAAG